AUGGUAGCCAGAAAAUAUACGAGAGAUAGCAAGACGCAGAACAUGCGCAGGGAAGUUGCGCCCGAAGUUUUCGCUGAUAAGCAGGCUCGCAAUCAAUUAGCCGAUGGGGUCGAUUCAUCGGCUCGUCACGGUCCCGGAAGACAGAAAAAGUAUUCUACCAACAAAUUGCAAGUUAGCAAGGAGCAAGCGAAGAUGAGACUGUAUGGUAAGAAGGCCGCUUCUAGAAACAGAAGUGUGUCAGGGAAAUACGAUGAAAAGGACCUGGACAUACCGACUUUGAAUAAAGCUAUUGUUCCUGGUUUCAAAGUCAAGCGCGGGAAAAAGGGUAAGAAGUUUGUUGCGGACGACGAUGCUCUGAUGUACCAGCGUCUUGUGAAAUCUGUCGGCGACAAGUACGAUCAGAUCAACGAGAGUAAAUUGGAGAAGGAUAAAAGACUCGAAGAGAUCCGAGAGUUGAAACGCCAAGAGUUGGAGCGUAAGGAGGAGAGGAAAAACCAGCAACUGGAGGACAAAAAACAGGAACUGAAGAGUAAAGCGUCCGUUGCCAGGUCCCAGAGAAGAAAGAACAAACGUACAAUAGAGAAUGCCGUCGCUUCGGAGGACAGUAACCUCGACACAGACGCAAAAAAACAGAAGAAGUCUGUAUCUUUUGUAUGA